GCUGUUGCUAGGUAACAGACAGACGUGUCAUCAAACACGUCCCCGGAGCGUUUUCAUCCGUGCGGUCAAAUAAAAAUCUCAUCUUCCAAAGUGCAUUUUCUGAUCGUCCAACAUGUCCACUCAAGUUUACCGUCCUCAAGAAAGUGUCUACGACCUUCUACCCAAAGAGGAGGUCAAAUCUGAGAAACCUCCCAGGUAUGUGUCAAAGUUCAGGCCUGCAGUAGUCCAAGAGGAGAAGCUUCCCAAGAGGCCUAUGCGGACGAUGGGCCCAGCUAAAGUGGAGACGCCUUCUCCGGAGAAUUUCCUCAAGAAACAUUCUAAAGAUCCUAAACUAUCAGACAAGUCCCAGAGUGCAAAAGAAGGCCGUAUCAAUCCUCAGAGGAAGCCGCCUGUUCCCACACGCACAGAAAUCCCUCCGAUGGGGAUACAGACUAAACGCGACUUCACAAAGACCUGCACAUUUGUAACAUCCAAGCCCAAACCCAUCAGCGUAGACACCUACAAGGGACAUAAGGAGGUGCUGGAGAACUCUGGACUGGUCCCUAAGUACAUUAAAAAGACGGAUUUUGGUAAAGUUCCGACGUAUCUCCAAAAACAUAACACAGAGAAGAAGAAGGCUCAGGAGGAGUAUGACAACUAUGUGAAAGAACAGAGAGAGAAACAAGCCAUGAAGCAGCUCUCUGAGGAGGAGAGGAGGGACAUUCUUGAGGGCCUUAAGAAGAACUGGGACAGGAUCCAUCACGAGUACCAGGGCCUGUCUCUGGUCAUCGACACGUGGUGCAAACGGGCCCACAAGGAGCGCCUGGAGGCCGACAUGAAACGUCUAGAGAAGGAAAUGGAGACAUUUGAGAGGUUUAAAGUCAUCUACAUCGCAGACAACUAGGGCUCAUAGACACUACAGCACAGGAAUGUGAGAAUAAAGACAAUGCAGCUUU